CCCAUGCGAUUUGUUCUCUGAACCACACGAUCACUCUUUCUUCAUUGGAGAGAGGCUGUGCGCGUGGAGCGCUCUCGUUCGCCUCCAUCCGACUCUCAGUGCUUCUCUUUCAUGUGCCGCCAUCGCUGCAGAACAGACCUGAGAGCAGGGCGAUAAGUCACGGCGGCGGCGCCAUAUUCGACGCGAGGUCACGUCGCGCGGGAGUUGCAGGAGGGGAGGGGCUAGGCAAGAGUCGAAGAAUUGGGGGAACGGCCGGACAAGCCGGGUAGAGUGUGGAGAAAGGUAGGAGAGGGGUGAACGAAGGGAAGGGAGAGAGGGAGAGAGGAAGAGAGAGAGAGAGAGAGAGGGGGAGGAGAGGCUGAGGAUUUGCAGGGUUUCUUGGCGCCUAGGGGGCCGCGGCCGGUGCCGCUGCCAAGAUGCCGCAGGGCGAUUACAUCGAUCUUCAUCGCAAACGCUAUGGAUACCGCCUUGAUUACUUCGAGAAGAAGCGCAAGAAGGCGGCGCGCGAAGUGCAUAAGCGCGCCGCCUUCGCGCAGAAAGUACUUGGACUGAAGGCGAAAUUGUUCGCGAAGAAGAGGUACAAGGAGAAGGCUACUAUGAAGAAGACCAUAGCCAUGCACCAAGAGAGAGACAACAAGCACAAGGCCGACGAUGCUGUCCCAACGGGUGCCAUGCCCGCGUACUUGCUGGAUCGUGAGGCAACGGCGAGAGCAAAAAUUCUAAGUAACACGAUCAAACAGAAACGUAAGGAGAAGGCGGGAAAGUGGGAGGUGCCUCUGCCUAAGGUACGUCCGAUUGCAGAGGACGAGAUGUUUAAGGUGUUACGGUCAGGAAAGAGGAGAACGAAGCAGUGGAAGAGGAUGGUGACCAAGGUCACUUUCGUUGGACCUGGUUUCACGCGAAAACCCCCCAAGUAUGAAAGGUUCAUCAGACCAACGGGACUUCGAUUCACCAAGGCCCACGUCACUCAUCCUGAGCUCAAGUGCACCUUCAAUUUGGACAUAUUGGGGGUAAAAAAGAACCCCAAUGGAACCAUGUACACGUCAUUGGGAGUCAUCACGAAGGGAACUGUCAUCGAGGUCAAUGUUAGCGAUCUCGGUCUCGUAACUCCUGGUGGCAAAGUCGUCUGGGGUAAGUACGCGCAGGUCACCAACAACCCAGAGAAUGACGGAUGCAUCAACGCCGUCCUCCUUGUUUGAUCGAUCGAACGGCGACGGGACUUGCUUGGGAAGCAUCGACACCGACGGAUCCGUCAAGGUGCAUCAUACCCCCCUCGUCUUCUUCGCUGCAAUUUUUCUCUAGUUUGUAGUUGGACCGCGAGAGAGAGAGAGAGAGAGAGAGAGAGAGAGAGAGAGAGAGAGAGAGAGAGAGAGAGAGAGAGAGGCGUCAGAGGGUGAGAGCACAUGGUUGUGCGUAAGAGAGAGCACGUGGUUGAGCACGUGUAGAGAGAGAGAGAGAGAGAGAGAGAGAGAGAGAGAGAGAGAGAGAGAGAGAGAGAGAGAGAGAGAGAGAGAGAGAGAGAGAGAGAGAGGUGAUUAUGUGCGUCAGAGGGUGAGAACACAUGGUUGUGCGUAAGAGAGAGAGCACGUGGUUGAGCACGUGUGUGCUUGUGUAUCAGAGAGAGAGAGAGAGAGAGAGAGAGAGGGAGAGAGAGAGAGAGAGAGAGAUGCCUAGCAAUUGGUUGAGCAAUUUUCUUCUGAAAUGUACUGUAAACUUGUGAUUGAGGUUUUAGGCGAAAAUGAUUCGGAACCGAUCUAAGGAUCAGGGGUUGGACUCUGAUCGGUCUCCAUCGCGACUUGUACAUUUUACCUGAGACUCCAGCAAAAUAUUUUUUUGGACUUGAGCAGCUCUCUCUCUCAGGGAGGGUAUGGAUCCUCGCCUUCAUGUUCCGUUUGGACUACUGUUCUAUGUGUCCGUUUUCUUUCCCCUACUCCCCCCGCCCCCCCCGUCUUAACCUGCUUGGUAAAACUGCGUCUGAUUGGUUUUCGCUCUGUCGCAGUCUCUUUGCGUCGCACGUCUCGCCGCCAAUCAAGUCAAGUGGAAGAAUCCAUACCCCUCUCGGGGACAAGCAAAGUAAGGGAAGGUCUUCACUGGAGAGAGCGAUGGUGCAAGUGUUCCAAAUUCGCAUAAGUAAGAUGAAAAAUCUGCCUUUUUGAGAAAGUAGGAAAAUAAAAAUAAAGUUAAUAAACGUCUUAAGAUUAU